UGGCGAACGAGCGAGAAUGAUCGGUGCAUUACGCAAUCGAGCAUUCUUGUCCAGGUGCAGGACACCACGCGGGGACGCGUCUCCGUGGGUGAGAGCGCGGAGGAGGUCGCGCGGAUGCCCCCGCGGAGACACGCAAGUUGAUCGCACACGUGUGUACACAUGCCGGUGAUGAUCGUUGGAGGGGUUUAUCAGCGUUCGAUGUUGCUUAGCUGGCACUGCCGGCUUCGCCUCACCUCGCUCUCGGCGGUCUCGUUUAGUGUUCGUUUAACUAGCCGGUUGCGCACCUGUCGGACGACGAUCGUCGGACCGUCGUCCGCGAUAGCGACGAGAACUUGUGUGUGGUGGAGGAUUCAGAAAUCGCUACAUUGACCGUACGCUUUUCCGUUUUUCUCUCCCAUUUUCUCCUCUUUCCGUUUUCCUUUGCUCUUCUUUUUUGAAACCUUGCUCGCGAUUCGCCACUAUCGUGACUGGACGGUCAUCGACGUUGGAUUCUCUCACGGAUUUCUCAAGUCAAACUUGAUCCUUUUUGUAAUUGAUCGGGGGACCGCGAGUAAUCCGAUCGGGAUCUACCAACAUCUUGGAGUCCACAAUGUCAUUGCUUCUUGAUAGAUACGCGAGUAGAUCGCGAUAACAGUCUGAUAUCAGUAUCUUGAACAAACCCGACAUCCAUACGUAGGACAACGUCGCGAGCGAGGCAUGACAAGACCGGCGUUCGCGGAUUCGGCUGGUUGAUUCAUACUUACGAUGGGAUCUCUCGACGAUUUGACGCUAUAUUUUUACAUUGCAUGCGGUAUCAUCGCCGUCGCGCUUAUCUUACUUUUCGUUUUGGUGAUCGUGCUAUUCGUGAAAGUAAAUCGAUUAGCCCAGGACGGGUCCAAUCGACUAAACAGGCAGACGAAUAUGAUGGCAGACUUUUGUUACACCAAUCCCACGAUCGUGCCUGGAGAAUUACUCUCUCGCCGUGGCUUUUCCAUGUACAGCGGGACCGACAACUUCGACGACGAUUUCGGCAAGAAUAAGAACGGCCAUUAUGGUGGAACGUAUCAUGAGGCUCGAUCGAAAUUCUGAUCGAAAUUCGAAUCUGAGAUGACAGAUCUCAUGGCACUGAUGCAACUUAUCCGAACCAAUUAAUCGAUAAUUAACGAGAUAUCAAGUAAUGUAAGAUAUACACUUAGUUUAAGUUAUUAGUUUGACCUAGUUAUAUUAUUAAUAGUAUUAUUUACUUCUGAAUGUAUAGUAUUUCUCUGCGUAACUUAUUGCGUAAUGUAACACGGUUCAACGUCCAAGUUUUUUUAUUUACCUUAGGCAGAUGUUAUAUGUAAAUACAUGUUGCUUAGAUACGUUUGAUUAGAAUUUCCGAUCUUUUGCUGCGGCAUAAAAUAACGUUUAAAAACGAUAACAGUUCAACUUAUAAUAUAUAAUUGAUAAUUAGAGAAAUUAGAGUGCCAUUUUAUCGGAAAUGAGUUCUAAUUCAACUUUUCCUUAGAUAUGACGCCUUCGAAUCUUCAACAUCAUCAAAGUGGAAAUUGAUAGUCAUUUUGAAGAAUAAUAAAAACUACAAGAUGACAUAUGAAUGAUGAUAUAUAUUUAUCAUACAAGGUGUCUGAUAAUAAUCGCAUUAUCUCUAGAUCUGGACAGAUAGAGCUGAUUAAAUUAAAUUUAAAAAAUGCGAUAUUCACGAACAAAUGUUAUUCGUGACGUUAUUUAUUUAUUUGGUUAUAAAAAAAUUUAACUGAUGGUAGAAUAUAUAUUUCUAUAAAAUAUUUCAAAUAUUACAAAUUUAUUUUACUAAAAUGAUUCUUUAUUUAAAUACGGCGAAAUAAAAUAUUAUUCCUAGCAAAUAAACCAAAUAAUAAGAAAAAUAAGUUAUAUUUUGCUGAAAUAAGAUAUAUUUUAUAGAAAUGUUUAUUUCGACAUCACAAUCAUAUUUUUGUAUAAACAAUAAAUAUUGAAGAAAACGUUCUAGAUAACAUCAUUUGUUUGCUAAUAUUUUGACUUUUUUCUCAGUGUAUCAUUUUUUUAUUAAUUGAUGUUUUUGCUGGGGAUAAAAUUUUAUUUUACUUUAUUUAAAUAAAGAUUUAUUACAGUGAAAUAAAUAUUAUAUCCAAGAAAUGAAUUUUUAAAUAUCUCUCUCAAUGUAAUGAAAAAUUAAUUAAUAAAGAUCUGUAAAUUAGUUAAAAGUGAGAGAUUUGGAUAUGUAUUCUAUGAACAGCACACAAUUAUAGUAAAGAACUUUAUUCAGUUUAAUUCGUUCUGUCUAUGAGUUGUGAUUGUUACUAGAUAUUCUGUUUUUUGCUGUCUGUUUUAUCGGCCAUCCGACACGCCGAUAAUGUUGAAGGUUUACCAGAGGAUGUUCAGAUGUCUCCAUAUACAUUUCACGCCGCAGAGAAAAAUAUACACGGUGCUCCGAAUAUUUUUCAUGUUCUUCUAAGAGUAGAAAAAAUUCGAAAUACAUAAUACCUUAUGCAUUUAGGAUUCACAAUAUUUUUCAGAUAAGAGGAUAAUGCUAGACUUUAUGAAAUAUACUAGUCGAUUCAAUAUUUUUUUAACAGAUUUUCAUAAUUACCCGUGAGGAUCUAAAUGUACAAAUCAUACUGUAAUAUAAUUGAAGUAAUAUGCAGUACCAAAGAUAAUCAUGCUUAUAAAUUAAUAAAUAUAUCACGUAUACUGGGAAAUAAUUAAUUGUGCUUGUAACACAUAAAUGAAGUUAAUAUUUAUAUAGUAUAUCUUAGUAUAUCUGACAUUUAUUAAACACAUAAUAGCCCUCAUAGAUAAUAUAAAUAUAUGUAUAAGAAAAUCACUUUUGAGUAAACUAAGUUUAAUGAAAAUCUGAGCCAAUUAAACAGUGAAU